GUGUCUACGUGCAGGUUGUGUGAGACAGACAGGUGCCAUGCCCUUCUGCUGAAGAUGUGGUCAUGGCUCCUGGCUUUUGCAAAGAUUGCUCCCUACUGCUCCAAGAAUUGAACUUGCAUUUGAGGAAAGUUUUCAGAGAGUUUGAGCAGAAAGUAAAAGAUAUUUUCAGGGAACUUUCUCGGUGCACCUGCUUCCGUAUCACACGUGAGAGGAGGACGGAAGAGGCGCUCUCUUUGUAUGAUGAUGAAACUCAACUACUUCAUCAGGAGAGUCUACAAACACUGAGCAGACUUGCAACGUCAGAAAACACCGACCUACAAAUGACUGCAGCCAUGUUUUAUUUACAUCUCAGUCAUCAUUUGAAAUCACCUUUACCAGAUGCUCUCGUGGAGCCAGUCAUGGCCUUACUUUUAUCAACCGAGCCAGAGGUGCAAAAUGCUAUCUCUCUCUCCCUGGUCAAUCUGUUAGUCAAGAAUAACGUGAGCAAAGAGUUAGUGAUUGAAAUGGGGAUGCUGGUGCCCAUCCUGGAGUUGUUCCAGUCUGGUGAUGCCACCGCUCAGUGUCACUCGUGUGCCUGCGUCACCAUGCUGGCCUCCUCAGAAACAAACAGGGAGGCCGUCAUGCUGGAAGGAAUCAUGCCACUGUUGGCUUUAGCGAAAUCCUACGACCCGCAGGUGCAACAGAUCGCAACUUGGGCUCUGUUACAUCUCACACAGUCAAAUUGGUCGACACGGCUCUUAUGUCAAGCGGGAGGCAUUCCUGUCCUGGUGCUUCUGCUGCCGUCCUCGGACACAGAGGUGCAGUUUUACAGCUGCACCGCUCUGUGCAACAUCGCUGCCGUUCAGGAGCACCACCCGAAGCUACUCGACAUCGGGAGUCAUUUCUUGUUAAAGUCUCUUUUAACUCUCGUGUCUUCCUCUGUGCAAAAGAAUUCAUCCCAAGCGUGCAGAUGCCUCCAAACUCUCUCAGAGAAUGUUCUGAUCCAGGAGCAGCUGAUGGAGCUCGACUGUGUGUUGCCUCUUCUGGUGCUGUUGAAAACGCCGUCUCCCGUGGGGACAGAGUCAGCCGUAACACUGCUGUCUGCACUGUCUGCACACACACCAAACAAUGACGUCCUGGUGAGUGAGGGUCUGUUGGAGGAAAUCGGCCAGCUGCUUCAUCACACGUCCAGCUCUGUUAUAAUCUCACACAGCUGCAAGAUAAUCACCGACCUGUGUAGCUCCAGCCUGGGUCUGCAGGCUGUGAUGGAAAGUCAGUGUGUGUCAGGACUCCUCAGGGCCCUCAUGUCUCCGGGUCUGUCUGAGGAGACGGUGCUGCAUGUGACUUCAUGCUUACGUCCCCUCAUGACCUGUGAUCCACUGAAGUCUCUCUUGUCGGUGACGAUAACGUCAGAGCAAGUUUCAAGACUUGUGAAGUUGUCGGGACAAAUACAGAAUCCUCAGUUGUCCUACAACAGCGCGGCCGUGAUCAGCAAACUAGAAAUGACGGGAGAGAUGUUCCAGCUCCUGAGACCUCACUACAUCCCCGUGUUGGAGUACCUGUCGGGGUUUCUCAAAGAGAAAGAUGUUAAGUUCCAGCAGCUUGGCAUAGCUACAAUAUUCAACCUCCAGAAAGAUGGAGACUUUUCCUCUCUGUUGGCUGACAGUGAGGCGGAGGCUCAGCUCUGGAAGGUGCAUGCGCAGACGGAGGAAACCAGACGGCUGCUGCAAAUGAUUCAGCCCCUUUCUCCAUCUUCUGUUAACCCUCGACUGUAAAUACUGAGACGUGCACAGUUUGGACUGUAAGCACGUUUAAAUUCAUGCACUGUGUUGACAAGCAGCCUUUUUUUACAUAGAGUUUAAAUGUGUUUUAUUAGUUUUUUUUAUGUUUACAGUCGACAAAUGAAGUGAAAAACAAGGCAGAGAUGCGGCAUAGUAUCAACUUUAAUGAAAUAUGGCAUAUAUUUAAACUUUAACAGGAUAACAAGUGAUAGUUAUAAGCAAUACUUGUACUACAAGAUCAGAUACAUUUGUUUUUAUAUUCUUUUAUUAUAAUAAACUCGCCUAACCUCUA